CAUUUCCAUCCCACUUUAACAACAUUCUUGUGUUUGGGGAGUCGGCGGAACCGUCACUUUUCACGGUCUCACAAUCCCGGUUUAUCAUCGGGAACCGCUUCCCGGGCGCACUGUGUGUGUUUGGUGUCGGGGCGGUGCUGCCCGGGGAGCCGCCCCUCCUCCGCGCGCCUUCACUCGGGCCCGAGGCCUGGGCCAGGAACAGGCCCCGCUUGAUCCGCCCAGUACUUCCCCCACCUCGGUUCUGUUAGUCAUCCCGGGGCAAACACCCCCGACCCGGCUCCCGGCAACAUGGGCAAGUCAUUCGCCAACUUCAUGUGCAAGAAGGAUUUCCACCCGGCCUCGAAAUCCAACAUUAAGAAGGUAUGGAUGGCAGAACAAAAAAUUUCUUAUGAGAAAAAGAAACAAGAAGAACUAAUGCAACAAUAUGUAAAAGAGCAAGAAGUAUAUGAUAACAGGUUACUCAUGGGAGAUGAACGUGUGAAGAAUGGGCUUAACUUUAUGUAUGAGGCACCUCCAGGAGUAAAGAGUGAGAACAAAGAGACAGAAGAAGGAGAGACUGAAUACAAGUUUGAAUGGCAGAAGGUUGCACCACGAGAAAAAUAUGCAAAGGAUGAUAUGAACAUUAGAGAUCAACCUUUUGGAAUUCAGGUACGGAAUGUUAGAUGUAUUAAAUGUCAUAAGUGGGGCCAUGUGAAUACAGACCGUGAAUGUCCACUAUUUGGUCUUUCUGGAAUUAAUGCAAGCUCAGUUUCCACAGAUGGUGCAGGUCCAUCAAUGCAUCCCUCAGAGCUGAUGGCAGAGAUGCGAAAUAGUGGAUUUGCACUGAAACAAAAUGUACUGGGAAGGAAUACAACUCCAAAUGACCCAUCACAGCAAUACAUAGCAAGUGAAGAUGACGAUGAUCCUGAGGUGGAAUUUUUGAAAUCGCUUUCUACAAAACAAAAACAGAAGCUUUUGAGGAAACUUGAUCACCUCGAGAGAAAGAAAAAGCGAGAAAAAAAGAGAAAGCAAAAAAAGAAGAGAAAAAGUAAACAUAAGAAAAAAGAAAGUAGAUCCCCCACUAUCCGCUCUGCUCGUGAAAGUGGUUCUGAAAUGGAGAAGAGAAAAGGGAUGCACAGCAAAGAUAAAUAUUUGAAGAGGAAGAGGCACCUAUCAUCGGACAGUGAAAGCAGUUCUGAAGAAAAGAUGAUUUGCAUUCAAAAACUCAGCAAAACGCACUCAAGCAAUUAUUUUGAGACUGAAGAGAAGAUUACAGAUAGUAGAAGCAGAAAUAAAGGUGACAUAAGCUAUUCCAGCAACCGGGACAGGGAACGAUCUGAUCGGAGCAGAAGCAAUAGCAAAGAUUCACGUGUAAGAAGAAAAAGUAAGGACAAACACCAUACAGGGCACAGUGGAGAGAAGUACACUGAUGGGAGACAUGUGGCCAAAAGUAAGGGUGAGGAGAAAGAUUGGAUGAACAGGACAGAUAACAAGGACCAGACGAGAAGGUUCAGGGUAAACCAACAGAUACAAAGUAGAGAGAGUGGUCGUCGGGAAAGCUAUCAUAAGGAAAGGAGUAACAGGGAUGAACACUGUAUAAGAACCAGCAACAACAAGGAUAAGAAUGUAAGAGAAUGAGGAUAGAAUUGAAGUCUUUGAAGUGAAUAGACAGAACAGCCUAAGGACUUGUAUUAUAUCUGGUAAUAUUUGAGACAUGCUGUAAAGGGUUUUGUCUAGUUUAUGGCACAUUUUCUAAUUGUUUAAAACUUUACUCUACAUAGUUAUUAUAAUAGUUUGAGACUUAUGUAUUAUUCUGUAUUUUUGACUACUUAAUAAAGUCUGAAAACAGUAGACAAAUGAUA